AUGACAGACCCUAAGUUAACUCCAGUUAUUGUUACCCAACCUCUCUUUGUUGCACGUAUCAUCCAAUUCUUUGCUUCAAUUGGACUUUUGAUUAUUUCUGCAAUCAUUGUUGAAGACAUCAACAGUACACUAGUUGGGUCUAGUUAUAUCUGGUACUAUGGAGGGUCGUAUAAACUAAGAGGUAGAAGAGUUUACUACAGUGAUAUUGUUUCUACUUUUACUUUUUCUUGGACUAUCAUGGUAACUGCUCUUUUUAUGUUCUUACCAACAAAUUUUAAAGAGCUGGCAAAUCCUACUUUCUUUUUCAUUAUUGAAAUUUUGACUAAUGCUCUUUGGAUUGCUACUUGGGUAUAUCUUAGUGUUUUUUCUGCAUCAUUGAGAGGUUGCGAUGAAACAGUUUUCAAACUUAUCUUUGCAGAUACCAUCGCUUCUUCCAUAAUUUGGGUUACAUUUUUAUGGUCAACCGUUAAAAUGAUGAAAUCUUCAAUUGGCUAUUACUCGGCAAAAGGGUAUAAAUUAAAAAUUCCAUUUAUUCCUGGUGGCUCCUUUCCAGAUAUUCCAAAGCUUAAUUCCGAUUUGAAUUCAGGAGUUCCAGUUGAUACUAAUAGUGAAAGUCAGCUCUCAAAUAUUAUGACAAUUAAUGUAACACCUUCAGAAAAAAAUAUAAAUUCAGUUGUGUGA